UGAGCGCGUGCCAUGACGUCAGGCAGUCAGGUUAGUGCGGUGGUCUCCUGUAAAUAAUACAUCUGUUAGCUGUAGCGGUGCACUGAGGUAUUAUUCCACCUAUUCCCCGCGGAGAGCAGCUUUAUCUCAUGCUGUUAGCACCCUGUGGAGGGGGGCAGUCCACUGGCAGCCUGCCCGCUGUCGACCACCUCGCCGGGCACACCUCAGCCUGAUAGUUAGCUGGCCAGGGCGCUAGCAUUAGCUAGCCAUUGAGCUAAUCAGAGGUUAACUGGCUUUACGGGAGCUUGUUUCCAGAGGCCUGUAUCUGACCGGGGGAUAUUUGAAAUGACACUUGGCUGCAGCCUCUCCCCGCAGUGAGGUGUAUCUCAGAUCGCAGGUCAAGCUUGCCUUGAUGUUGGACCUCUUGCUUAGCAUGCAGCCAUGAGCUCUGUCCUGUGGAGCCAGGAGAAGCCCAGCGGGGGCUUCAGGGAGGACUGGCGCUUCUACAUGGUCGUGAAGGAGUGUACGGUGGAGAAACCUCCCCAGAAGACCCUGCGGAUCCCCCGCGGCAGUCUUGGCCAAGCAUGCCAGGAGCGCAACAGCCUGGGCCGAACACUGCCCCCAUGCAAAGGCAAGAAAAGCCUCCGCAUUCUGGACCAGACCAACGUGGUGCUGAGCCUGGACGAGCGGGAUGUGCAGGAGCUGGACGAGAAGCUGGCUGAGCUGCUGUUCCCCAUUACAAACUGUGAGGAGAGAUACGCCCUGCUCUGUAACAACUCUCGACUAGCACGCUGCUGUGAUAUUGACUGUGGUUCCAAAGUGCGCGUCCAGUUGCGCUCAGGAGAUGAACCUCUGCCUGGUGUGGUCCGCUUCAAGGGCUCGCUGCUCCCUGACAGGGCCCUCUCUGGAAUCUGGUUUGGAGUCGAGUUGCUGGAGGAGGGCCGGGGCCAAGGUUUCACGGAGGGCUCCUACCAGGGCCGCCAACUCUUCCGCUGUGAGGAUGAAUGCGGUGUUUUUGUGGCCCUGGACAAGCUUGAACUCUGGGAGGAUGAUGAUGAUGGCACAGGCGAGCUAGAGGUGGACCAUGUCAAUCUAGUAGAAGAGGACCAGGACUUCCCUCCACUGGAGAUUAACUCCAGGGUCCUGGUGCAGACCAGGGAUGGACCCGAGAGAGGCACAAUAAUUUUUUAUGACCUGCUGCCAGGAAAUGAGAGCCUGGGCUACUAUGUAGGAGUUGACAUGGACAAUCCUAUUGGAGACUGGGAUGGUGUGAUUGACGGGAAGCUGCUGUGUAAUUUUGCCAGUUUGGAACACACUCGUCUUGUCCCCAUCUGUGACGUAAUGCCAGAAUAUUCCAUGCAGGACCAAAGGCUGCCAAAGCACAGUUUUGCCCCCAGAGGCACCAACAGUGACAAGUCGUCCUCUGGCCAAAGCAAACCAAAGAGCAAAGGAUUAGGUCAUCAGUGUGGCAGUAGGAGCAAGUCUGAAUUUUACUAUACUUUAAAUGGCAGCUCUGUUGACCCCCCAGCCCAGUCCAAAUCCAAAAGCACAUGGUACAUUGAUGAAGUUGGGGAGGACCCUGCCAAAUCACUUACUGACACACCCCCCGACUUCAACCAAUCCCCCCCGCCCUCCAGAGCCCCGCCCUCUGCCUCGUUGUCCAGUGACAACAAGUUCCACUCUCUGCCAUUUAGCCUGAACCGGAAGACCGGGCCCAUCGACAGCAUGAGCCAUGGGCCUCUCUCCCUCUCUGUCCAGUCGGUGAUGGGAGAGCAGCCUGAGCCGACGUCGCCCGCUGCUCCUCCCUCACCACAACCACCGACGCCCCCCCGAGGUCAGCCAGGCCUGGAGGUGGGCUCUCUGGUAGAGGUGAAGGAGAACCCCCCUCUGUGUGGUGUCAUUCGCUGGGUGGGUCUGCCUCCUGGCCUGCCGGAACCUCUCGCCGGGCUGGAGCUGGAAGAAGAGUGUCCUGGUUGCACUGACGGCACCUUCAAAGGCACGCGAUACUUCACCUGCCCACCCAAAAAAGCCCUGUUUGUGAAGCUCAAGUGCUGCCGGCCCGACUCCCGCUUCCCCUCCCUGCACCACUCCUCCAAUCCCAUAGAGAGGUGCAACUCCAUCGCAUUUGGGGGUUACCUCAGUGAGGUUGUACAUGAGAACACGCCCCCCCGCACAGAGCACGACGGUCUGGAUGUCAUGGUGGGAAAAAAGAAAGGCAUCCAGGGCCACUACAACUCUUGCUACCUGGAUUCAACUCUCUUCUGCCUUUUUUCAUUCAGUUCUGUACUGGACACGGUUCUGCUGAGGCCACGAUCAAAGACUGAUGUAGAAUAUUACAGAGAGACUCAGGAGCUGUUACGCACAGAGAUAGUCAACCCCCUGCGCAUACAUGGUUAUGUUUGUGCUACGAAAGUGAUGAAGCUACGGAGGAUACUGGAGAAAGUAGAAGCUGCCUCUGGGUUUACCUCUGAAGAAAAAGAUCCUGAAGAAUUCCUCAAUAUUCUUUUCCAUCACAUACUGAGGGUGGAUCCGUUGCUCAAGCUAAGGUCGGCGGGACAGAAGGUCCAGGACUGUUACUUUUACCAGAUCUUCAUGGAUAAGAAGGACAAAGUGGGAGUUCCCACCAUCCAGCAGCUCCUUGAGUGGUCCUUCAUCAACAGUGACCUGAAGUUUGCAGAGGCUCCCUCCUGCCUUAUCAUCCAGAUGCCCCGGUUUGGCAAGGACUUCAAAAUGUUCAACAAGAUUUUCCCCUCACUAGAGUUAGACAUCACAGACCUCCUUGAAGACACUCCGAGGGAAUGUCGAAUCUGCGGAGGACUGGCUUUGUACGAGUGUCGAGACUGUUAUGAGGACGGGGAUAUCACGGCUGGCAAGAUCAAACAGUUCUGUGAAAAGUGCAAUACACAGGUUCACCUCCACCCGAGGAGAAAAACCCAUCGGCACGGCAAACUGUCCGUCCCCAAGGAGCUGCAAGACGGUACGGGGCGGCAGGGCAGUUUCCCCCGUCAGAGGAUGGAGCUGUUCGCCGUGCUGUGCAUCGAAACCAGUCACUACGUGGCCUUCGUCAAGUACGGCAGCGCAGAUUCAGCCUGGCUCUUCUUUGACAGCAUGGCGGACCGUGAUGGAGGGCAGAACGGCUUCAACAUCCCCCAGGUGUCUCCCUGUCCAGAGGUGGAGGCCUACCUGAAGAUGACCCCAGAGGAGCUGCAUGCGCUGGACCCCAAGAGCAUCCAGGGCCAGGCCCGACGCCUGCUGUGUGACGCCUACAUGUGCAUGUACCAGAGCCCGACCAUGAGCCUGUACAAGUAGAAACCUCUUCCCCAAAAAACCCAAAUCCUCCAUUCCUGGCCCUCAGCCACACCAACUCCCCUUCCCCCCAGGGCAGGAGAUUCCCAGAAAGACCAAAAAAUACAAAAAUAAACUGAAAGAAGAAAGGCUGCCUGCCAGCAGGGGUGCUGUCUGGAGUUAACCCUCUCCACCCCACCUUUCCUCAAUGCCUGCCAAUCUCCGGAAGUUGUGGAGAUGCAAGAAAGGGGGGAGAAGCCUAUUUGCACUGUGCAUUAGUUCAAAUGUCGUGUUCUUCAUGUAGUCCUAUGUAGCUUCCCUGUGUCUCACAGCUGAGCGUUGGUGGCGGAUGAUGAAGCAGGCUUUAUGAAGAUUCCCUCCCUUUUCUGGGAGGAAUGAGGAGAGGGGGGGGCAUGUUUGCGACGUCGUGGCCGACAAAACAUGCAACAAAAACAAGAGACCUCGUUUACCUUAAGAAAAUAGGAGUCCUGCUUUUCUUAAUCACUGUAAGAGACGGGAGACGCCACGUUCAGGAAGCAGAUCAGCGCACAAACCCUCGUCCAGCUUGUGUGUACUGUCAGAAACACUUGUGUAAACUCUCUCAGUAGCAUAUAUUUCUCCAGGUAGUAAAAUCAUCAGUGUAGAAUCUACUGUGCAGUUGCAUUAAGACCAUUAUGCUCUUCGUAAAACAGUUUACAUAUUUCUCCAUCACACUGUGUACCUGUUUUGCAAAAACAGAUGUAGCCAUUGUAAAAGUCUCAUGUCAUUACUGCAUAUAUAUUAUAUUAUAUUAUAUUCGUACUCAACCAAUGCUGCACUUUUGUUCUAUCCCCAAGUGGACUUAUAGGAAACAUUUAGGUUUUUGCUCUUUAUUUUUUGCUCUCCCACUGGAAGUGGCAGCGAGUGCAAAUUUGUUGUUGGGGAGACAUCAGAGAUUUGUGUUACAGAAUACAAAUGCGCUUCUCCUCUGUAGCUGUAAAGAAUGGGCUGCAUUGCUAAUGCAGAGUAGAUGCCAGAUAAAUGCAUGAAGGGAGACUUGUACAAUGGCUCCUGUUGUAAAGCUCAGCCGGUGGAGCACUCCAUGCGUUCGUAGGGUCAAUGAGGUGAAAUACUGGAAGUAAGAGUGUAUGUGUGUGUGUGUGUGUGUGUGUGUAUGUCGUGAAGAAUUUCACAUGCAGUGUUUUUAGUCUCGUUGAGUUGACGACUAAAUCUAAAUUAUAUUUUAUGUUCGUGAAGCCUUUUCUCUGCCUGUCAUGGUGGCUCUGACUUCCUGCGGGUGAAAUGUCGACUCGCUGCCUUUUCAUGAAGAUGCGACAUGUUUCCAGCCAUGCGCCAGAUAACUAAAGAACUCUGUUCAGAUAUUAUUAUUUAUUAUAUUCUAAUCAUAUUACAGAACUCAUGUUGUCCCUUUUUAAAAAAAACAACACAGGGGUUAUAGACACUGUAAGGUUCAGGUACUCCUUGUCCUCUUUCACUGUAUAUUGAAGUGAGUUUUUGUAGUUUACGCUGUCUCAUAGCAACUACUGAAUGUUAAUAGUGAAACGUUGAACAGUGUAGCGUUGACAGAGGAUGGCAAAUGAAGUGGCACGAGGCUGGUAACCUUGGGUCUCCAUGUGUAUGUAUUUAAAGAAUUAAAAAUGAAAAGCUUGAUCCAUUGUAUCCCAGUUUUACAGAAUAUAUACGUAAAUUAACUAUACCAUGAGAUAUGAAGUAGUUGUUUUUUUUUCAAAAAUCCCACAAAAUUGGAUCAAACCGAUUAAUCCGCCACAGGUGUUGGCAUCAGCAUUACUUGCAUUUGCUCAAAGUCACAACUUAAUCAUGGACUCAGUUGUGAGCGUAAGAAAAUUAAAUAAAGGGUUUUUAUAAAUUGUGUUCCAGCUGACAACUUCCAUGUAGUUGUUAGUUUCCACUGUCCCAGGGAUUCAGACAGAGGACCUUGUUUUGUGCACUGCUGAAGCUCGUCGCUGACUGGAGCCUUGUUUUCUGUGAGAGACGUCUCGGAGCAGAGGAUUUAGAUUUUUCUGUUGCAUCUGUACAGUAUAGGCAUACAGUAUGUAACGGGUGGGAAAUUAAUGUCAGUGAUGUUCCUGUAAAUGUUAACAAAAUAAAGCCCAUUUUGAAGGGUAA